AACGGGAUCCAGCUCGGCGUAUCGGGACUAACGCACGGCGUAGACGAAAAUACGAAGAGAAUGCAGUGCUUUUUCCUUUCUGCCGAGAUGGUCAGUUCAGCGCCACCUUACACAUACACACAGCCACAGAGGCGACUGGUUAUCACUCCCAGGUACCAAGCUGAGCUGAGUUGAGCUGAGCUCUCCUCCACUCUUCGCCAUCAUUCACCUCUUUCCAAGCUUUCCCCCAUAGGUGGCCUGUGCCCCCGCUUGCUUUGCUGCUUUCCUCUUUGUUAAAAGGCUGCUCGCUCUCCCUUUCUCUCUCAUCACAGUCUCGCGCGCACUACUGCCCCUUGCUAAGGUCAAAUAGCCAUCCACACACCUCUCUCUUUCUUCUUUACCUCCUCUCUUGUUUUACCAAGCUAGCUCCGAUUUCUGGGUGCUGCUUCUCAUGGCUUCCACGGCGGCUCCUGCUAGCGACCAAACCGAGCAAAAGCGCCGCCAAAUCCGCCUCUGACCUCCCCGCCAACACCCAGCCACCCGCCUACUACAAGUAGCUCAGCUCAGUCAGCUCAGCUAGUAGCAGUAGCAGUUUAGUAGGAGCUGCAUCUGCAGUUGGGUGCACGAAUGGAGAGCAGAUGGAGGAAGGCCAAGAUGUCCCUGGGGCUCAACCUCUGCGUCUACGUGCCCCGGACGCUGGAAGGCGACGAUGCCAGCUCGCCGAACACCGGGUCCUCCACGGCGGCGCUGGUGUCGCCGGUGGCGUCCUCGUCAUCUGCUGCGACGAGCGCGGAGACCACACCUACGGCUGCUUUGGCGGAGCAGAGCAACGGCAAAGUAAAAGGCGGCGCCGGCGCGCUGAUGCCGACCACCCCGACGCCGACCUCCGCCGGACUCCGCCUCUCCAAAUCCGGCAGCAAAUCCUUCAAGAAAACAUGUGCCAUAUGCUUGACCACAAUGAAGCCUGGUCAGGGCCAUGCGCUCUUCACAGCAGAGUGCUCACAUACCUUCCACUUCCAUUGUAUUUCUGCAAAUGUUAAGCAUGGAAGCAGCAGUUGCCCAGUUUGCCGUAUCAAAUGGAAGGAGCUUCCAUUUCGAGGUCCCUUGCCUGCUAAAUUGCCUCUAGGAAAUGCAAGUCCAGUUAAUGGGCACCAAAAUGGAGGCCAGAUGACCAUAUUGCGACCGCUUCCUCGUGCCCGAUCUUCUGGUCGACUUCAUCAUCUGACUACUUUGCUGCCUGACACUGACCCAAGUACUUUCAACGAUGAUGAACCCUUGGACUUGUUGUGUGAAGCAACUGAAGACCCUCAGCAGGGCUGUUUGAGAACAGUGGAGAUAAAGACAUAUCCUGAGUUCACCGAAGUACCUGAAAAUAUGUCAGAAAGAAGCUUCACUGUUCUAAUUCAUCUUAAGGCACCACUUGCUCAGCAUCUGCAGACACCCAGCAAUCUUGGAGAUGGCAAUGGGCCGAACACAAAUCGAGCCCCUGUUGAUCUCAUCACAGUUCUUGAUGUCAGCGGAAGCAUGGCUGGUACCAAACUGGCUUUGUUGAAGAGGGCUAUGGGGUUUGUCAUUCAGAACCUUGGCUCCUCAGAUCGGCUUUCCGUCAUCGCCUUCUCAUCAUCCGCACGCAGGCUCUUCCCACUUCGUAGGAUGACCGAGUCUGGUCGGCAGCAAAGCUUGCUGGCUGUUAAUUCAUUGACGUCAAAUGGUGGGACCAAUAUUGCAGAGGGGCUCAGGAAAGGCUCCAAGGUGAUCGAAGAUCGGCAGGCCAAGAAUCCAGUCUGCAGCAUCAUCCUUUUAUCAGAUGGUCAAGAUACUUAUAACGUCUCACCAACUGCUGGUGUACAUAAAGCAGCAGCACUAGAGUAUUGUGCGCUCUUGCCGUCCACUAAUGGUAACCAGCAGGUACCUGUUCAUGUCUUUGGAUUUGGUGCUGACCAUGACUCAGUCUCGCUGCACUCCAUCUCACAAGCAUCUGGUGGGACCUUUUCGUUCAUUGAGACGGAGGCUGCUAUCCAGGAUGCAUUUGCACAAUGCAUUGGUGGGCUUUUGAGCGUAGUUGCACAGGGUCUGCAUUUAAAAGUAGAGAGCCUCCACCCUGACGUGCACUUUGGCUCCAUCAGAUCAGGCAGCUACUCUAGCAGUAUUGCAGAUGAUAAGAGGAAUGGGUCCAUAGAUGUAGGAGACUUGUAUGCCGAAGAGGAAAGGGAUUUUCUUGUGUCUGUAAACGUUCCCCCUGGCCAUGGGGAAACGGCACUUCUCAAAGUUGGCUGUGUCUACAAAGAUCCAUUGAUGAAGGAGGCUGUGAAUAUGGCUGAUGUGCAAGUGAACAUCUCCAGGCCAGCAUUCGUCUCAGUACAAAGCGUGUCAAUAGAGGUGGACCGCCAAAAGAACCGUCUUCAUGCAGCUGAGGUCAUGGCUGAAGCAAGGUUUUCUGCAGAGCGUGGUGACCUGACAAAUGCUGUUUCUUUAUUAGAAGACUGCCGGAGAAUGAUCAUGGGAUCGGCUUCGGGACAGUCCGGUGAUCGUCUGUGCCAAGCUUUGGAUGCUGAGCUGAAGGAGAUGCAAGAUAGGAUGGCCAAUCGCCAAAGGUAUGAGGCAUCCGGUCGGGCAUACGUCCUCUCAGGCUUGAGCUCCCACUCAUGGCAGAGAGCAACCGCACGUGGUGAUUCAACAGACAGUGAGAGCCUUAUCCAGGCCUAUCAAACUUCAUCCAUGGUCGACAUGCUUCUGCGCUCGCAGACAAUGAGCCGCUCGUCAACCCCUCGCCAAACUCCACAGAUGAGGCACGCGAAAUCAUUCCCAGCACGCCCGCAGCCAAGGUAACUGCAUUCUGGUGUUGCCAAGAAGGAUUUGCCUGAAGCCUAAUCAUUUGGUAGUGGACGUAACAGUGUCGUUUAAAUUCUUAGUUUUGUGGUGGGAGGAUGGGACGGGGGGUAUAGUUUGUGUGGUAUAAGGAGAUGUAAUGGUGUAAAUUUAGUUUGGGGUUGUGGGGGGUAAAUGGCGAGAGCAAGGUGUUUUGUAAUUGGGGGUAGGCGAUGGUAUACGUCCUGGGGAAAAUGGGUUAGAGGGUGGGCUAUUUUUUUCUUCCUUGGCGGUGACUCGGUAUACUCCAGUAUUGUACCAGCUUCUUUGUGUGGUGAUGUACAUGAGAGAAGGGUAUACAUUUGUGAACUCUUUGAGGAUGGAUGGAUACCUGAUCCUUGCAAGGUUUGCCUCUUCCUGAAAA